ACUUGGUUCCUUCGCUGAACCAUCCAUCUCCCCGCCGUGCGACGGCAACUGCAACGGCGCCGCCGCGCGCUCCUCCCAAAUUCCCCUCGGUUGUUGUCUCAUGCGCGCUUGGCCGGGAACUACAAAUUGCUACUUCUUCUCUGAAAUCUUCCGUCUGCGAAGAAAAAGUCCCCUGCCCCCGCGCUCGGCCGGCCACCACUGAGCGCCCUCCCACUGGGCAUUGCCGAGGCUUGCCAAGAGCUGCUGCAGUGGCGCCCUACAAGCAGGAUUUGGGGUUCUGCUGCAUCGACCCCAAAAGAGUCCACCGAGCUGCGGCACUGGCCCCCGACGAGGCAACCUGAGGCGUUGCUGCAUCAAACCCCAGCUUGCUCCCUGUCAGUCAAAUUCAUCUGCACUAGUGGUCCAGCUUCCACGAUGGUUCUAGGCAGCAAUAUUUCCUUUCAGAAAACCUUGUAUGAGGUUUUUUCUGUGAGUGAAGAUGCUACAUAUGAUGAAAUUCGUGCAGCAUACAGGUCUGCUGCGCUGAACACACAUCCUGAUAAAGCACAGACAACUCUCGAGUCAUCUGUGCCUUCCAGUGAGCAACAGGAAUUUUGUAGUGUGCAGAAAGCAUGGGAAAUUCUACGCCAUCCUGCAUCUAGAGCAGACUAUGAUAAGCAGCUGCAAUCAUCCAGACAGAAUAUUGAGAUCAUUGCGUCUGAAAUCAAAGUCGGGGAUAUGAUCAUUGAGAGCACCGCUGAUACUGUAGAGCUGUUGUACCCAUGCAGGUGUGGUGAUUAUUUUUUCAUCACUUCAUGUCAACUUAGUGAGAUGGGAAUUUUCGUCAGUGGAGAUGGAGAAGUAGAACUGCAGGCGUCUGAUUCUGCAUCAGCUUCUGUUGUUCUUGGCUGUGGCUCUUGUUCUCUCAAGAUACGGUUGGUUAUAAAUGUACCUCAGUGAUACCUUUCAGACUCUGGUCGUAAGUUGUUCAGCAAUGAUUACUUUAAAGUUUCACUGUCACUACAUGUUUCUCAAACAGUAUACGGCUCAUAUUCUGCUGAAAAUAGUGCAGUUUAACCACCUUAUUUCUUGUUAUUUCCGGGAAAUGCUAAGUUUGUAACCUGGUGGUGGUUGUACUGUGAUAAAUGACGUUUUCACUGUUGUAAUCAGCUAACCACCAUACCAAAGGAUAUAUGCCCCAUUACUU